AGGACAGAGGACAGACAGAAAGAUUUUUUACAUUCGUUGACAUGGCACGAGCUAAGCAAGUGAAGAAGCAGAGCACGACGAGCGCUGGCACCGAGGCCUCCGCCGCCGAGAGUGCCGAGACCAACAAGGUCGUCACCAAACCGACGCACCCACCGACGGCCCAGAUGGUCAUCGCCGCGAUCACCCACAUGAAGGAGCUCGGAGGGCGCGGAGGCUCGUCCCUGCAGGCCAUCAAGAAGUACAUCGCCAUCAACUACGAGGUGGACGUCGUGAGGAUGGCCCCGUUCAUCCGCAACUACCUCAAGUCGGCCGUCGCCACCGGCAAGUUGGUGCAGACCAAGGGCACCGGCGCGUCCGGCUCGUUCAAGAUCGCCCCCAAGGAGUUCCUCGCCCCCAAAAAGCAGGUCAAGAAGUCGGCCCCGAAGAAGGAAUCAGUCAAGAAAACUGCCCCGGUGGCUCCCAAGACCCCCUUGAGGAAGAACGUGCGUUUCGCCAAAAAGUCUUUCACCCCUGUGAUGAAGAAGGCCAGCGCCAAGAAACUAGCCAAGAAAGUUGCUCAGGAAUAAAAUUAUUACCUUCAUUCCAAUUAAUUUAUAUUAAAUUACUAAUUUACUGCCAGAAAAGGCCCUUUUCAGGGCCGCAAA